CACACGACGCUACCAACCAUCAAUUUAGCCAUGGCAGCUUCAACCGCUGAUGCGCAAGCCUCGGGCUUGGCAGAUGGUCAGGAUCCGAUGCACACCUACAUCCCCAACCAAGGUUAUGUGAACCCAGACGGCUCGCUCCCCGCCAUGGCGGGGCAAGACUCUGCGGCGCAGGAAAACCAAGAGGAUGACGAUGACUACUACGAUGAUAUCUUCGAGGAAGACCUCGACGAGGAGGACUUCAACUCAUCCAACCCCUCCGAUCUCACGAAAUCCUACAACCGCCAACGCAAAACGAAUGAGUUGGCUGCCGACCCCAAUGCUCCCAAAUGGACGUACCCGAAGACCAACAUACAGAAACCGGCUGUUAACACUCGCGCCUCGGUGGACGAUCAGGUCAAGUCUUUGACGAAGCAUGCGGGCAAGAUUAAGCUUGAUGAUAUGCAAUCAGGGCUGGCGACCCGGGGUGAUCGUGGUGGUGACAGGGCCGACCGCGCCACCUCCGAGCAGGUGCUGGAUCCCCGCACACGUAUGAUCCUGCUGCAAAUGAUCAACCGCGAGAUUGUCUCCGAGAUUCACGGAUGUUUGUCGACGGGUAAAGAGGCCAACGUCUACUACUCGAUUUCGUACCCUGAGAAUGAGGACACCCCCCUGCACCGCGCCAUCAAAGUCUACAAGACGAGCAUCCUGGUCUUCAAGGAUCGCGACAAGUACGUGACUGGUGAAUUCCGUUUCAGACAAGGAUACAGCAAGAGCAACAACCGGGCGAUGGUAAAGCUGUGGGCAGAGAAGGAGAUGCGUAACUUGCGCAGAAUCCAUGCGGCCGGCAUCCCGUGCCCCGAACCCAUCCAUCUGCGCCUCCACGUCCUGGUCAUGGGCUUCGUAGGAAACUCGAAAGGUAUCGCCGCUCCCCGACUUAAGGACGUCGAAUUCAAUGUUCCCGAGCCGGAGGCCAAAUGGCGCGAGAUCUACAUGGAGCUGCUCGGCUACAUGCGCGUGAUGUAUCAAACUUGCCAUCUGGUCCACGCCGAUUUGAGUGAAUACAACAUGCUCUACCACAAGAACAAGCUCCACAUCAUCGAUGUCAGUCAGAGUGUGGAGCACGAUCACCCCCGCAGUUUGGAAUUCCUGCGUAUGGACAUUAAGAACAUCAACGACUUCUUCCGCCGGAAGAAUGUCGACAUCCUUAGCGAACGGGCCGUCUUCGAAUUCAUCAUUUCUCCCGACGGCCCGACCACAGUCACCCCGGCCGAACCGAUGCUCGAGGCCGUCGAGCAUCUCUUCGCCACCCGCGCCGAGAAGGGCGAUGACGACGUCGACGCCGCUGUGUUCCGUCAACAGUACAUUCCCCAAACACUGGAGCAGGUGUACGAUGUCGAGCGUGACGCUGAGCAGGUCCGCGCCGGCAAGGGUGCCGACCUUGUUUACCAGAACCUUCUCGCAGGCGGGAAGCCUUCUACGCGUGACGAUGACGAGGAAGGCUCCGAGGCCGGCUCCGACGUCAGCGGCGGCGUGUCAGUGGAAGGCUCCGACUCAGAAGAGCAAGGCGACCAGGACCCAUUCGCGAAGAAAGCACCCCGCGGCAAGCGUUUCGAAGACAAGGACGAGAAGCGCGACCACAAACAAAAGGUCAAGGAAGAGAAGCGGGAGAAGCGCGCCAACAAAAUGCCGAAGCACAUGAAGAAACGCCUGGUCUCUUCUUCCUCGAAAAAGAAGAAAUGAUCCAUCUCACUUUGAUACCUGCUUCCACUUUCGCUUUGAAGAUCACAUCUUGGAUUAUUUGGGCUAUGGGAAAAACAAAAGUUGGUUCGGAUGCGCACGAUCUCAUGAUGUUUUAUGACCGGGUUGCGUUGCUUGCUUGAUUGGGUAUUAUGGUUGGUUGGUUGGAUGCAUAUGCAUAUUUUACAUGAGCAUAUAGACCUGCAUAUGUAGGAGUGGGAAAUGCGAGAAACUUGCAUGAAACCGAAGAUAGUACUAAGUAGUACUGUGUUUCUUAGACCUUGUGGUUCUAUUGGUACGAAAUGGAACAGGUUCGUGCUUUGGAAGACUGCUAUCGCUAUCCGAAAAUAUAUUUUUGUAGUCUG